GAUGGCUACAAAUAUUCUACAAAAUUGUGUGUAAUAAAGUGAAAUAAUCUUAGCAAAAUGAAGAUUAUUGUGCUUUGCGUCUGUGUUUUAGGUUUUGCUUCAUCCAAUUUAAUUGAAGAUGAAAUAAAACGACAAUUCAAAAGUGCAGUAUCAAGGGAGGACAAUUUUGAGACUUGUAUGACAGAAAAUAAUGUAACUUUCGAUGAUUGGUACAGAGAGGAACAAAUAAUGACUGAUGUACAUAAAAAACCUGAAAAUGAAGAAAAGACAAGAAAUCUAGGUUGCACCAUAGCUUGUUUUUUAAAAAAAGAAAAUUUGAUAGAAGAUUCAAAGAUUAAAGAAGGGAAAGUUCAUGCAAAAAUAAAUAAAAUAUAUGAUGGUUCUCGUGACGAAGGCAAAGCACAUAAGAUUGCACGUGACUGCAUGAAAGAAGUAAAAAAUAUUACAGAAGAAUGUGAAAAGUGCUUCUCUCUAUUUACUUGUGCUGUAAGAGCUGUACAUAAAUCACAGAAGCAUGAAGAACAUGAAGGACCAGAAAUAAAUGAAAAUGAAGAAACAGAACAAACUAUUUGAAUGUAAUUAAUUGAACAUUAUCUGUGUAUUUUUAUUAAUAGAAAUUUGCAACAAAAUAUA